CCCCCCUCACUCAUCAUUGAUAACACACCAUGCGUGAUAACGUACCAGCGUGGCCAAAACGAAGUUUGCCGAAGCGAGGCCGAAGCGAGGCCGAAACGAGGUUCGUUCGGAAAGUGAACGAUGGUAAACGAGUUGAGCCGAUCGAGCAGUCGAUCCAACAACUCGCAGCGAUGUUCAGUAUUGUCUCGCACACAACGAGAGAUUGACAGUGUUGACAAGGGGACCAGGUGGACGUGCGAGCUGCGAAGGAGCGUGCGACAAAUAUGAGCAGAAUACAGCAGGAGAAACCCGUCGAGGAUGAUGAAAUUAAUCUCUUCAAUCCCGCUAUAUUGGACAGAUUGCCAGUAUCGCCCGUUGCUGGGUUACACAUAAGACCGCUUAGAACUACGGAUUAUGAUAAAGGUUUCUUGGUCCUGCUGUCUCAAUUGACAGAUGUUGGAAAUGUCACCAAGGAACAAUUUUUAAAUAGAUUCUAUAAUAUGAAAACUGCUGGUGGUUACUACAUUGUCGUCAUCGAAGAUACAAACUCUGGAAAAGUAAUAGCAUGUGCAUCAUUAGUUGUUGAGCAGAAGUUCAUUCACAACUGCAGUGUGCGAGGACGUCUGGAAGAUGUAGUGGUCAAUAACAAUUACAGAGGUAAAUCGUUAGGAAAAUUAGUGGUGACGAUCGUGGUGCAAUUAGCACGCUACUUUCAUUGUUACAAAUUAUCUCUGGAUUGUGUGGAUCGUCUGGUGCCAUUUUAUGAAAAUAUAGGCUUCAAAAGAGAAACCAACAAUGCCAAUUAUCUCAAUAUGCGCUUCCAUGGUGAAAAUGCUACGGAACAAUCUCGUUUAUAAUAACUGGUUUAUCAUGAUAUUUUAUCUAACAGCAAUGACAAUUCAGUGGCAUAGCGUACAUUUGAAUGGAAAACUGAAAUCUAAUAUCACACUCGCGAGUUAUAUGUAUAUAUAUUCAAAUUUUUUGAGAACAUGACCAGUGUGAGAUGCCCUUUGCCAAACAAAACUUUGCAUUUCACAUAUUCUCUAUAAAGAAAAUCUCAUUAUUUUACGAAAGAAUCUAAACAAAAAUUAAUAUGCUUUUUUAUUUAUAUUUAUAAGAAAGAAAAUUUAUCCAAGUAUUAAAAAAACUAAUAUUUAUACGCGCGCGCCCGUAUAACAAUAUUAAAAGAUGUAAUUUAAAUAUAUACUGUCGCAUUAUAGACUGUAUAGGUUGUAAAAAAAAUAAUUGUUAAAUAAAAUAAUUAAUCUUACAUAUACAUAACAUAUGUAUAUUUUUUCAUGCAUAUAAUGUUAAUAAAUAAUGUUGUA